AUGCCAUGCCGGGUACGGAGCUUCGCUCCAAUGGCACGCAGCUUCAGCGCAAGCUCGAGAGCUAUGGAGAAGCGGUAUACCGAGGAUCACGAAUGGAUCGAGUUGUCCGACGACAAGACCACAGGCACCAUCGGUAUUUCCACCUUUGCCGCCAAAGCUCUCGGCGAUGUAGUGUUUGUCGAACUGCCCAGUGAAGGCCUGGAGAUCAGCCAGCAUGAGACGAUGGGCGCUGUGGAAUCAGUCAAAUCUGCGUCAGACAUCAUGUCACCAGUGAGCGGGACCAUCGCUGAGGUCAACACUGAACUUGAAAGCAAGCCGGCGCUCAUUAACCAAAGCCCUGAGGAGAAUGGCUGGCUGGCAAAGAUUACACUGAGCAAUGCGGCUGAGGUCGAUAACCUGAUGGACGCGGAGGCAUACAGUGCAUUUACAGAAAAGGCGGAGUAG